GAUGCUGUUCAUAUAUAUAGUGGCAUCCCGGAUUUUAUCUCUGGUGCUACAGCAGGCCCCAGCGAAUCCCUGGGAGAAUUCUGUGGCAUGAAUCCUGGUAGAGACAUGACCGUAUAUGGGACAUCAGGAACAAUAACUGUGUUCUUUGAGGGAGAUUUGCUGCGAUCUUUGAGUCGAGGAUUCAACGCCACAUUUAAAGCCUAUUCGUGUCCAGAUAGAUGCCAUGAAAACCAUGAGUGUAAUGCCGGCAGCUGUAUUUGCAAGGAGGACUUCUGGGGCGAGAACUGUCAGCUGCCCAUCUGCCCGUUUAAUUGUUUUAAGCAUCUAUAUCAAGGCUACUGUCUGAACGGGCUCUGUGCCUGCAAUCGUGGAUUUAGUGGCGUGGGCUGUGAACAGAAAACAGAAAACACAGACAUGAAAAACAUGCGACUGCAGAUUUUAACAGACUCCAAGCUGGCAAACUCACCCAUUGGGAAAUUCCGUUCAUACAUAGACUUCGUCUCAUCGGCCUUUGGCCCCUCCCCCAGGGCGGGUCACACACUGACCACCUGUGGGGAAGGCUUGAUGUUUCUCUUUGGGGGUUACUCACAUCAGCAUGGCAUCCUGAACGACAUGUGGAUGUUUAAUGUCAGAAACAAAGUAUGGACCCAUCUGCUGCCAGCAACUGAUCAGAGCCCCAGUGGAAG